AUGCAUUUCUCCAAAACUUAUCAGCAAUUGCUGCUUACCUUGCCGGUGGAGCUAAGAGAUAGCGCUAUCGAGUAUCGGAAGUUAAAGAAGUUAAUCAACCAGGUUGUGGGCGAGCUCAACUCUAUAGGCCUCUCUCCUAAUGUCUUGCACGACGCUCUCCCGUCUGGCGAUACAGAUUUGGCUUCUCUUCGCACGAUUAAAGUGAACGAACAGGAGGUGAAGGUUGUCUACGAAUUGGUCCACAGUGCAGACCAUAUCGAGCCUCGUUUGCGUCUCCUAAUUGAUUCAACACUCUCCCUGAAAGACAAAGUUGUCGCGGGCGCGAGUCUGUCGUCCAACUCUACUAUACAUGCUGACGUGCCGCCGUCCUCUCUAACCGAAGAUGCUUCGCUGAAUAUUCCCCCGACGGUGGCCGUGGAAAAUGCCUUGGAAUGCACUUCGACUGUCCCAGUGCACAGUUCUCUAGUCAACGCUCGAGAAGUCAUCAUCCCACUCGUCUCCGAUUCGGCGUUUUUUGAUCUCCUCACGCAGGCGAUCCAGUAUCUGAGCACUCGGCUGGCUGCUGUUCGCCUGGAUUUCGAAGCCAAUCUGCACACAUUAUCUCACAAUAUAUCCUAUUCUGCGCGCCCUAUGUCGUCUUCUACAUCAACCUUUCGCCCCCAUUCAGCACAUACUUCAGACGCAGCUAAUGUCAGCGUACAAGGGCCUUUGCCAAUGCUUUUCUCUGGUGUCAAGUCUGACUUAUAUGCGUGGCGGGAAAUAUUCCAGCUAUAUGUGGAAGCAGAAAUUUUUGAGAGUUGCAGUGAGCGCACGCGGGGGGAGAGGACGAUUGAAGAGUCGGAAGCCAGGUUCAAUGAUCUUAUGCAAAAGUUGCAGACGUGCGGAUAUAUCUCUGGGCAGGGGUUCAAAGUUAAGGACAGUCGCGAGGCGCUACGGACAUUCCUUCAUUUGAUCACUUUCAUUAUGGAUUUGAGGAAAUUCCAGCACGCCACUACUGAGGCAACGCGAAAAAUUCUCAAGAAACACGCUAAACGAACUGCGUUGCCUCUCACUCCAACCAUUCACUCUCCAUUCAUUACCUCGAAUAUAAACACGACUUCGCUGGUAUCCAUUUUAUUACCUUCCUCACAACAGGGGAAAUUGGCGAACGUUUUCACGAGCGACACCAGUAUUUCUUUAUCACUCGUACUUGGGCAGGCUAUCGGCGAGAAUAUUCUUCCAAUCAUUCCGCAUAUAGAUGACUAUGCGUGCCUCAUCUGCACGAGCAUCGCUUUUAAACCAAUUCGUUUGGCUUGUGGUCAUCUUUUCUGCGUCAGAUGUCUGGUGAAGAUGCAGAAACGCAAUCAGCCUCACUGCCCUAUGUGCCGGGCGUCGAAUGUUCUUUCCGCUAACCGCUCAAAUGUUGACUGGGCUCUAUUAAAUUUCAUGAAGGACUGGUUCCCUGAAGAAUCCAGGCAAAAAUUACGUCAGAACGAGAAAGAAGUCGCAGAGGAGGAGCUUGAAGAGCUGGGAAUUGAAGUUGGCAGAUGCGCCAUUAUGUAG